UUGUGCUUUUCUUUGUUUACGUUACACAUUUUCUCAGUACGCGGUGAGCAAUCCAUUUCGCGCAUUCCAUUUUGAUAUUUCUUCUGCCCAAUUCGAUCCGCGAAAGUCCAGCUCGACGGGGUCAAAAGGUCCGAAGUUGAGACGUGGCGUUUGGCACACGUGGAGAAAGUCCACAUACCUGUGUGCGUAGAUCCAUUGAGAUUAUUGUUCGGCCGCAGUUCUCCGGAGUCCGAUGUGGCUCUGGGAGUAUAUUAUGCAAAUAAGACAGCGACGGGAGACGCGGCGCAAUGUCAGAGUUCCCCUGGUUUACCUGGGCACAGGUGCUUCUGGUCUCUGCGCCCUCUACCUGAUCUUUGGCUGGGGCGCCCAGCUGCUGUGCAACAUCAUUGGGGUGCUGUAUCCAGCAUAUAUCUCCAUCCAUGCCAUCGAGUCUAGCACAAAGCAGGACGACACAAAGUGGCUGAUCUAUUGGGUCACCUUUGGCAUCUUCACCGUGAUUGAAUUCUUCUCAGGCCUGCUGACCUCGGUGAUCCCAUUCUACUGGCUGCUGAAGUGUGCUUUCCUCAUUUGGUGCAUGCUGCCCACGGAACAGAACGGAUCCACAAUCAUCUACCACAAGCUGGUGCGACCUUACUUCCUGAAGCACCACGAAUCCGUCGACAGGAUCAUCGACGAUGGCAUGAAGAAGGCCGCUGGAGUGCUGAAGCACGACUAAGAUGUGGCUGCGUGGAUACUGCGCCUGCUGCUCGCUUGCCCAUGCAUUUGGUUUAGGGCCUAAUCACCACCUCACCUCGUAUCGGUUACGUUUUGCAAUAAAUUUUAAAUAUGUA